AGUGUGUGGGCCGGCAAUGGCGGGCGCGCUCUCGUUGUCUGGCGUGCUGGGGCUGCUACUUGUGUCUGCGCUGCCCGGGGUUCUCGGAGACCGUGCCAGCCCCGACUUCCGGGCACACACAGGGAACCCCUCCCAGGUCGGCUCUGGGGCCACAGAAGCCCGGCAGCGAUUGCCGCCUAAGGACCAGCGCGAGCGGGCCCGGACUGGGGCCCUGCCUUUGGGGGCGCUGUACACCGCGGCCGUCGUGGCUUUUGUGCUGUACAAGUGUUUGCAGCAGGGGAGAGAUGAGGCCGCAGUUCUCCAAGAGAAGGCAGGCAAGAAGCAAUCGUUGCAGUUAGAGCAACAGCUGGCUCAACUGACUCAACAAGUGGCCCAGACAGAGCAGCACCUGAACAAUCUGAUGGCCCAGCUGGACCCCCUCUUUGAGCGUGUGACUACCCUGGCUGGAGCCCAGCAGGAGCUUCUAAACAUGAAGCUAUGGACCAUUCACCAGCUGCUCCAAGAUAACAAGCCAGACAAAGGCAUGGAGGUUCCAGAACCAGAAGCCAACAUACCCUUUCCCGAGGACUUACGUCUAGAGGAGGACGAGGAGGAGCCUGUAAACUGGAGCACAGAGACAUGGAACCUAGCCACUUCCUGGGAGGUGGAGCAGGGGCUAAGGAGAAGGUGCAGCAGGGCUGCAGCAAAGGGCCCCAAUCACAGCCCCAGCCGGGAAGGAGGGACCACAGCUGAGGAUUUAGUAAAACAAAGUCUGUUGUUGUGA